AUGGCAUCUACCUCGUUGAUUCACACAUACGAUAGUCCUCCGGAUCUUUUGAUCAAUCCAGAUUUCAUCGUUCAUGUGCAGCCAAAAACAGAACACACCGAAAAUCCAUGGUCUCCAGUCGUCGCAUAUGCCGUUGACGUGGCGAAUGCGAGCACCAUUCGCAAUGACUUCAAUUAUCACUCCGUCGCAGUGGCGUCCUUCGACUUCGACGGACCUGUUAGGGUCAAGGUCACGUAUACGCUAGGCUCAGUCGACUUAGCAGCGAUCCGACCAGCCUCACGAGGCAUCACCACUGAGUUGCGAGAUAACAUAAUCACUUUCACUUUGGAUCGCGCUCAAGACGUGAUGCUCGAACUGAAUGGCAAUAAGUGGAAAGCCCUCCAUUUACUCACAAACACGGUUGAUCCACACGCCCCCAGCGAGGAUACCGAAGACGUCUGGUACUUUGGACCAGGGUUAAAUCAGGGAUCGGCGUACUUGAAGAUCACCGACGGGGUCAAUCUCAUGAUACCGUCAGGUACAACCGUGUACAUCGCCGGUGGAGCUUUCGUCACCUUCCGGCUGAACUUUGUUGGUGUCUCCAACAGUUCCGUGCGAGGGCACGGCUUUAUACUCGGUCCAAAGGGUGGAUACAUCCAUCGAGAACACGGUGGUGCAAUACAUAUGAGCCAAGCGAGUAAUAUUCGUGUGGAAGGUGUCACGUCCUUGGGAGCAAACGGAUUCAGUCUCUCCGCAGGAGAAUGUACGAACGUGCAUGUCAAUAGAUAUCGCUCGUUCUCAUCUUCUGGCAACGGAGAUGGAGUGGAUUUCUUCUGUUCGUCCGAUAUCAUGAUCGAAAAUUGCUUUUUGCGCAACUCCGACGAUACCAUUGCGCUCUAUUCUCACCGCUGGGACUGGUAUGGUAAUUCUAGCAACAUCACAAUUCAAAAUUGCGUUUUGCUUCCCGACAUAGCUCACGCUAUCAUGAUCGGUACGCAUGGCAAUUGCGAAAAUCCGGAGACGACCAGCAAUGUCACGAUUCGGAAUAUUGAUAUCUUGGAUCAAGAGGAGAACCAGUUGUGGUACCAAGGAUGUAUCGCUAUCAACGCUGCCGAUUCGAACCUAAUCCAAGAUGUCAAUAUAGAGGAUGUCCGAGUGGAAAGGAUCACCUGCGGCCAACUUUUUAAUAUCCGAGUGAUGCAAAAUGAGAUGUGGACUACUGGCCCUGGGCGAGCGAUUCGAAAUGUGACUUUCAAAGACAUUUCUUUGUGCACGCGAGUCUCCAGAACAAUUAAUCCGUCCCUCAUUUUGGGUUAUAAUGAGGCCCGGCAGGUCGAGGAUAUUACUUUCGAGAACCUCAAGAUCGAUGACCAGGUGAUUCACGACCAGAUGGAGAAGCCCAGAUGGUACAUGGUCUCGGACUUUGUUCCUUUGUUUGCCAAUGAGCAUGUCAAAAACGUCAAGUUCAUCGCGUCAUGA